AUGAAUUCAAAUCUUACAAACGAUAACCUAUACCAAAGAGAUGCAAGUAGAACACAAUUAUUUGGACCUCGUUCAUCGAUGAGAAAUUCAGAACUUGAUAGAGCAUCUCCAUACGACAAAGGAGCACACUUUGAUUAUUCUGAGAGUAGGCUGUCACAAUUAGAAUCACAGAGUGAGGAACACAUCGGUUCAAUGACCCAAAAAGUAAAAGCUCUUAAAGCUCUUUCAAUGAAAAUGGGAGAUGAAAUUAGAGGAAGUAACCAUACUUUGAACAGUUUAGGAGAUACAUUUGAAAACACGUCAAAAAAACUAAAAAAUACGUUCGGUAGUAUGAUGGAGAUGGCAAAGAGAUCAAGAAUUAGUAUUAAAACUUGGCUAUUAAUAUUCUUCCUUGUUGCAAUUUUGUUUUUCUGGGUAUGGAUAACAUAA